UUUUGGCCUAAUGCUAUUCUUUUAUUCCUGAAGGCCAGAGAUGCUGGAGGCUCCAUGGUGAUUCACACAUUUGGAGGCUAUUAUGGUCUUUCCGUGUCAUGGAUGCUCUAUCGUCCUAACUUGCACCAGAGCAGUCGUCUGCAGGGCUCUGUCUACCACUCAGAUGUCUUUGCAAUGAUUGGCACCCUGUUCCUGUGGAUGUUCUGGCCCAGCUUCAACUCAGCUAUCUGUGAUCACGGGGAUGGGCAGCACAGAGCCGUCAUCAACACUUACCUUUGUUUGGCCUCAAGUGUUCUCACCACUGUGGCCAUCUCGAGCCUCUUCCAGAAGCAUGGGAAACUAGACAUGGUUCACAUCCAGAACUCCACACUUGCUGGAGGCGUUGCAGCUGGAACAGCAGCUGAGUUCAUGCUGAUGCCCUAUGGCUGUCUUAUUGUAGGUUUCUGCUGUG